GUUAGAAUUUUGAUGAAGGUCGUUCAAUCCAUCCAAUAUACCUGACAUUAACAUUUUACAAGAACCAGAAUUUGCAAAAAUGGCUGACGAUGACGAUUACGCUGGUUACCGUUUGAUCCUGCUAUCAUUCUCGGCGUCGAUAGGCUUGCUUCUUGUGGUGUUAGCAUGUGCCCUACAAGCAUUUGGAACAUGGUGGCCGAUGUUUGUGUUGGUGUUUUAUGUUAUAAGUCCCAUGCCAAUGUGGAUAGCAAGCCGGCUGAAAGAGUCUGAUUAUGGGAGUAGCGGUGCCAGCAGCGCGCUACAUGAGAUUUGCCUGUUUCUUACAACAGGGAUCGUGGUUUCGGCUUAUGGACUACCCUUCGUUUUGGCGCACAGUGGUGUAAUCAAGUGGGGGGCCAUGGGCAUGGUGUUAUUUGGCAAUACGUGGUGUUUUUUGACUAUUUUAGCGUUCUUUAUGAUUUUCUACCGGAAUGAAGAUAUUGAAUUCAUGGUGUGGUAAACAGAUUGCUGUGGUCAUGAUCGUUAAUUAUAUUCUCAGCUGAAGACACCUAUGGAAGUAAAAUUAAUAUUUCCAAAAUCUUUUACAUUUAUACAGAUUUAAAAUGUAUUUAUCCCCGCCUGUAAGUGGCAAAUGUUAUUUGCUGUAAAUUAGGUGUGUUGAGGUAAAAGAGAAACAAUAUUGAUGUAGCCACACAAUAGAAGGCCUAGCCUUUGCUGUAUAUUAUAUGCAUAUUGUUAUAACUGUGAGGUCUGGUGUUUGCAUGUACAGUUUAAAAUAGAAUUUAUUUUGAGUACAGUACUGUACUGACGUUGGUAUAACCACACUUCUCUUGAAAACAAACUUGGGUCAGGGGCCUGGGUGGGCUUUGAUCCUGGGACCAAAAGGCAAAUUAUUAAGUAGUAGUCUGGCUGCGCUAAAAAUAGAUAGCGUGCCGGGUUAAGCCUCUAAGAAUAGGCAUCGGAAACAUGGUCUAUAUUUCAGUUCGGAUUCGAUGUGAAGGCAGCUUUUGCCCAGACCAGAGCAGAUAAGAAAGGCCAAGUCUCACAAAGUCUUAAGUGUAUGUUCUGGGGCGGUUGCUGGAUAUGGCGGUAGGGGGUGCGUGAGCGUUCCCACUUCCUCAGCCCCACCAUGGUUCUGGUUGAGGCGAGAACAUCGCACCGUCUGCACCCCCAACCACCCCCGAGAAAAACCUGCAGUUAAAUAUUAGUACAAACAGUAUAGAAAUAUGGUACACUAUAUCUUAUUUGAUUUAAGCAUGGUUUACAACUUAAGUCAAGCCAAAAUAUGGAUGAAGUGAGCCAUAUAAUUUUAGAGCAUAGUCUUGAUUUGUUAAAGUUUAUUUUAAGCUAAAAAUAUAAUAAUUUAUUAUUAAAUUUCAAUGCAAUUUAUUAAAUAUUUAGUAUAGUAUACUUUAGAAUUAUUAUCUGAGGCACACAGGAUUUCUGUUCCAAGUUUCUAGACUUAGGGGGUGAGCGAUACUCAAAGGCAAGUUUAUAGCAACAUCAGUUCAGCAUGUACUGACUCUGGUAUAAACUUGCCUUUGUGUUUAUACCAGCAUCAGUACAGCGUGUAUCAGUUCACUGUAAAUGUUUGAGUACAGGAGUGAGUAUAAAACUGCAAGAGGUCCAACUCCCGUGAUUUUCAUUACAAUGUAAUCCUAUUUCAAAAAGUACUGCCUCGAAAAAAAGACAUGUCCUUAACACGUUGGCUGCCAGCGACGAGUAUACUUGCCCACAGGGUGUUGCUGAGGGCGUCAGGAAUGAGUAUACUCAUCAAAAAUGGGGGAACAUUCUAGCGUUUAUAACUUCUUUAUUAUACAAUGUAGGACCACAGACUCAACGGCUGGUAGUUAGGGGAAGAUACACCUAGACGAUAACGUACAAAUGACAUAUGUAUGUUUGUUGUGUUAUG